AUGAACAAAAAGAAAAAAAAGAAAACAAAGAAUCCCAUAAACAUAAGUGAGUUAGAGGAUAAAAUAAAUGUUUUGAAUUUUAUGAAAGAUGACUUUGAAAAAAUUUUAAUAAAAGAAAAUGAAAAGUUCUCUAGCAUUUCUUCGGAACAUACUUCUAAGGAAAAAAGAUCAUCAACUGAAAAAGAAAAAACGGACAUAAUUUUAAAAGAAUUUAUAUCAUUUUGUGAGGAAAAGAAAAAUCUGUUAAAUAAAUAUGUACAAACUGCAAAUGAAAUAAUAAAUAAAAAUAAUGAAAUAAUUGAAAAUGAAAAGACAGAAAUACAAAAGGUUAUUUCCCAAAAGAAUGAAGAAAUAGAAUAUAUUCAACAAAAAAUUGAAUUGACAGAAAAUUAUUACAGAGGAAUUAAUACUGCAAUAAUGAAACUUCUAAACAAUUUAGACUUAUUUCUAAAGUAUAAAAUGAAUAUAGAAUUAAAUUUUGAUAAAUUAAAGCACAGUAGUAAAUCACAAAUAAAAGUAAAUGAUCAACAAAAGGAGAAUAUGAAUACAGAACAAAAGGAUAACAAGUAUAUAAACUUUACACGACAGGAAGGUGACAUAGUGUUUGUACAAGAAUUGCAUGAAUCAAUGGAUGAGUAUGACAAAAAAAUAUGUAGUAUUAGAUCUUUCAUAAAAAAAAAUAAAUUAGAUGAACAAACAAAAACUUUCUCCCUUCAAAACAGAAUAGAGGAAGACCUCUUUAAGCAGCUUUCCGAGGGACUCGAAGUAGGAAAAAGGCAUUAUGAUAAUUUUGAUAAGGAUUACGAUUCAUGUAGCGAUAAUAGCAUCAAUAACAGCAAUAAUAAUAGUAAUAACAAUAAUAGUAAUAUCCACGCUAGUAAUAACAAUGAUAGUAAUGUCCACGAUAGUUAUAAAAUUAAUAAUAGCUAUAUCCUCAUAGGCGAAAACAAAGCAAGCAGUAUGUUUACGAAUAAUGAGAAUGCAGAUCAGCAUAAAAUAAUAGACAAAGGUGAUACAAAUCAGCGAACUUCAGAUGGGACUAACUCUUUAAAAAAUAAUGAAAAGAAUGAAACAGAGAAGGCUAAUUGCGCCAAGAAAAUAGGGGAAGAAAACAGCUACAUUGAGCAUACUGAAAAGGAGUCACAUACAGAGUGGGAUGAUGAAGCAGAAGAAGAUGAGUCAGAAGAUGACGAGGUAGAAGAUAGCGAGGUAGAAGAUAGCAAGGUAGAAGAUAACGAAGUAGAAGAUAACGAGGUAGAAGAUAACGAGGUAGAAGAUAACGAAGUAGAAGAUAACGAGGUAGAAGAUAACGAGGUAGAAGAUAGCGAGUCAGAAGAUAACGAGUCAGAAGAUAACGAGGUAGAAGAUAACGAGGUAGAAGAUAGCGAGUCAGAGGAUGACAUAACUGAUGAUGUGGGCAAUGCAAGAGAGGGUAAUGAAAAAGAAAAAAAUUUUAUGACACUUGAUGAAAGUGAAUAUAGCUCUAGGAAUACUGAAAAGAACAAACAAAAGUAUAUGGAAAAAGAAGAAAGUAAUUAUAAAUUCAAAAAUUCUAAGAAAAAAGAUAAUACAAAUAAGAAAAGUAACCAAAAAUUAUUAAAUGAAACAGAAAAUAUUGUAAAGAGCUUUUCAUCGGACAUAUACAAAAAAAUAGUUAGUGAUAAUAUAAAUAUUCUCAUGGACAAAAUAAACAAAAUAGAUUAUGAUUAUAUAUCUUAUUUUGAAAAAAAAUUAAAAAAUUAA